AUGCACACCAAGUCGCGAUUCGGUCACAAAGUCGUGCUCACAUUUGAAAUGCUGAAGGACGUCGUCUGCUAUCCUGCACUUUUUCUCUUGGUUUACGCAGUACUCAUUUUGUUUAAUCAAUUGCGUGAAUUUGACCUUCGCGUUUGUUGUGUCAUCUGGACGGUGACAGACAUUGCAUUUGUUUUGAUGAAGAAUUGCCAAAAUAGAGGAUGUCACAAGGCAGUUCAGACCGAUGAUUAUGUGGAAGAAGAAGAAGAGGACUCUGCGGAAACAUCUGAUGCGGAGUUUAUCAGAUUGCAGCGAAUACUCAAUUUCUUCGCGCAUAGAAGUCGUUCAAUGUGGACGUUACGGUUACAAACCUUAGUAGGGGAAGAAACAGGAGGAGCAGCCGCUGACACGAGCUAUGGAAUAGAAGAAAUUCCUGAUGGAUGCGGGUGGGAAGGUGGGGGCGUGAAUAAGGCAAGGAAGAGUGAGGCCGACAAGAGGAAGAGGGGUAGUAAGGCAAAGUGCUGUUUGAUGAAGGAGGAGAAUGGCAGAAUGGAGAAAGAGGUGAAGGAGGAGGAGGUGUACGAGGAGAAUUGGGAGGAUGGGAAUGUGACGGAAUCCCGUGGAAGGAGUCGUCGCUGUGUGAAAAGGAUAGAAUUGAGGAGGUGGGUGAAGAGUGGGCAGGAUAUGCACGGUCUGAGGAAGACGACUACUUUUGCUGCAUUUGUUCACGACGAGAGGUUCACAGGUCAUUUGGUUGAGUGUGAAGCUGGAAUUGCUCUGACUGAUUGCAAACGCACUACUCGGCACGCAAGGAAUGUGAGACUGCCUCCAUCGCAUCGCAAAGAGUCGUCAUGGAAUGAAUGGAGAAGUAGAUUUUCAUGCAUCUAG